AUGCAGCACGACGAAGUGAUAUGGGGCGUCAUCUCGAAGCAGUUUUGCUCGUUCAAGAGCAAACUGCCGGGCACAGGUAACAUGUUCUGCAGCAAUCCGUACAGCGUGUCGGGGCUGUGCAACCGCACGGCGUGUCCAUUGGCCAACAGUCGCUACGCCACGAUCCGCGAGGAGGACGGCGUGUGUUUCCUUUACAUGAAGACGAUCGAGCGCGCGCACACGCCGAAUCGGCUGUGGGAGCGCGUAAAGCUCAGCAAGAACUACACCAAGUCGCUGGCCCAGAUUGACGAGCAGCUGCAGUUUUGGCCCAAGAAACUCGUGCACAAGAACAAGCAGCGACUGACAAAGAUCCAUCAGUACUUGAUGCGCAUGCGCAAGCUCACGCUCAAGACCAAGCCGAAGCUGGUGGUGAUCAACAAGAAGAUUGAGCGCCGCGAGAAGCGCCGCGAGAAGAAGGCCGAAGUGGCGGCAAAGCUGGACAACUCGAUUGAAACAGAGCUGCUCGAGCGGCUGCAGAAGGGAACGUACGGCGACAUUUACAACUUUCCCGAACGCGAGUUCUCCAAAGUGCUCGAGACUAAGGGCAAGCGGCAGACGACGGAAGAAGAGAGCGAAGACGAAGACGAGGCCGAGUACGAGCUCGAGGGCGACGACGACGACGAAACAGAGGACGAGGACGUUGGUCAGGUGGAAUACGUCGAAGAUUUCCAAGAAGACGAGAGCGAUCUCGAGGACUUGGCCGACGAGUUUGCCGUGGACGACGACGGAGAGAGUGACGACGCUACCGACAGCGCAGAAGAGGAAGAUGCGUCGACGAGCAAGAAGCGCAAGUCAGUGGCAGCGUCGAAGAAGAAGGCGGACAAGAAGCAGAAGAAGACGAGUGGACCGUACGUCGAGAUUGAGUACGAGCAGGAGCAGGAGACGGCCAGUGGGGAUCAUGACUGGUAG